UUACCAUAGUGAUCCAUAACCUGACAACGAUUCCUGCGCGAUGUCAAAUUUUUGUUUAUUAUUUGUACCGUUGUUAAUUUCGCCGGUCAUACUUUUAGAUCUCCCAAAUAUGACUUCAAUUAAAUUGCUUGCUACUGACUUCGAAGUUUACGGUCGUGUACAAGGAGUUUUCUUCCGCAAGUACACACAACAAGAAGCGACAAAAUUGGGCUUAAAAGGAUGGUGCAUGAAUACAAGUUCGGGCACAGUGAAAGGUGUGAUAGAAGGAGACGUUAACAAAGUUGCUGAUAUGAAACGUUGGCUGCAAACAACAGGAAGUCCACAAUCUAGAAUUGACAAAGCAGAAUUUACUAAUGAGAGGCAGAUUAACAGUUUCACAUAUGAUUCUUUUAAAAUCAAACGAUAAUGUCUAGAUGAAAUUGUCAGUAUUUAUUGAUAUUUAUUUUGAAAAGGAAACAGUUGAGAGGAAUUGUAAUACCAGUCUGGUAAAUAAAUUAUAACCAAUUCAGAUUGAA